AUGACAACUUCUAAGCCCAAGAUUCUGGUGGUCCUCACCUCUGCGGGUAAAGUCCCAAAGACUGGAAAACAGAUCGGAUGGUAUCUGCCCGAGCUUGCUCACCCAUUUCACGUCCUCAACCCUCGCGCCGAACUAGUCUAUGCGACUCCCAAGGGCGGCGAAUCUCCACUUGAUCCUGUAUCGGUGGAGCUCUUCAAAGAUGAUCCCGUGUGCAAGGACUUCCUCGAGAACCACGAGUCAGUUUGGAAGAAUACGCUCAAACUCAGCGACGUUGCUGGUCGAGCCUCAGAGUUCGACGCGAUCUUUUACCCGGGUGGACACGGCCCAAUGGUUGACCUUGUCCACGAUGAGCACUCAAAGAACCUCCUCCGCGAUUUUCACUCUCAGGAAAAAGUCAUCUCAGCUGUCUGUCACGGACCGGCCGCUUUUAUCAACGCGACCACGGCUUCGGGGGAGUUGAUCUUGAAGGGCAAGCAGGUAACGGGUUUCGAUGACGUGGGCGAAGAAAUGUUCAAGUUUACGGAGGAUAUGGACUUUAGUCUUGAGAGGAGGUUGGGUGAGGCUAGUGGUGGAAAGUACGUCAAGGCUGAGGAGGGACCUCUUGCGGAGAAGGUUGUUGUUGAUGGGAAGAUGAUUACGGGUCAGAAUCCAGCGUCGUCGAAGGGCGUUGCCGAGGAGAUCGCCAAGGCGCUUGGAGUCUUUCUAUUUGAUGUUAACUUGCCGCAGCAAUUGAGGAAUCCUGGUGAUGGCGAGAUCCACAGAUUGAGAGCUCAAGUGAAAGAGCUUGAGGGACAGCUCAAAGAUACGAAUAUCCCGACGCCGCCAGAUGAAGAUAUUUCGGGACUCAUAUCGCAGGAUUCGUCUCCCAGCUUAGUCCCAUUUUACAACGAGGGAGUUCAAUUCGAUACCGCCACAGCCAAUCAAUCAUCAGGUCCCAGCACUCAGUUUUACGGGCCUUCAUCAACGUACUACUUCAUUCAUUGUAUCAGCCAGCGUCUCAAAGCAAAUGGUUUAGCCCUGAACGCCGAUCAGGAGCCUCACAGCUUGAUACCCAACUCGGCAAGCAGAUCUAUGGUCAACGUCAUCAAUACUCCGGAUGCCGAGUUAGAUGAACACCAAGCCUCGGAUAACGCGGUGCCGACCAGAGCGGCUCAUGGGUUGACUGAGAAAGCUCUUUCCGGAAAAGACUUGUCUGCAACCCAAGAGGCCUUCUUCCUUGACCUCUUUUGGGACUCGUGGCAUUGCUGUUACCAGCUUCUCGACGAGGAAGAGUUCAAGGCGCACUACAAGUCACUAUGGAAUGAGCCAAUCGGCAACAAAAGAAGGGACUCGCCUCUUGUUGAUAUCGUUUUGGCAUUGUGCAUGCAGUUCGGGGUCACAUCGCUGCCUCGUCAAAGUGGUUACAAAGCAGAGAUUAACUCUCGCGACGCGGCCGUUGCGGGCCGUUGGCUAUACCAGCGCUGCCAAAGGCUGAUAUCGAGUGACUUGGAGAGACCAACACUCGAGACCUUCCAGUGUCAACUGUGGUCGGCGGUUUAUCUAGCCAAUGCCUCUUAUCAGAAUAUGGCGCAGAAUAUGCUGGGUGUUGCAGCGCGCACAGCAUAUACAUUGGGACUGCACAUUGAACCAGGGAACGAUCUACCCGUAAAAGAAGGAGAAGCACGAAAGAGGGCAUGGUGCAUCAUGUUCAUGUUCGAAACUAGAUCAUGCAUUCGGUUGGGGCGGCCUUGGGUCACCCAAACACAGCCGAUUUCACCAUUAUUGCCUACCAGCGACCAAGGCCAUGUUACAGCUGGCGUUAAUCAGCUGAGAUACACCACUGAGAGAACUAAUCUCACCGAGAUAGCCCGAUCAGCCUUUGACAGUGCCUUUAAUCACCGACCGAGCGGCGAAGCUUGCACAACGACUCCCGACAGUCUACCAAAAGUAUCUGCUUCCAGUAUGGAUAGAAUCCGGGCUUGGGCUGAAUCUCUACCUCAUAUGCUGAAGUCGGAGAGACGGAGUGGUGGAAAGCCUCUCUCAACUGAUCUCUCAGAAAUUGAGAUUGAAUAUUUUGCGCCAGUCUCGUUGCGAAGACAGCGCUUGAUGUUGGAGCUGUUCUAUCACGAACUGAUACUGACACUUGGACGUCACUGCAUCAGCCAGUCUUUGACUCGUUCUGGGGGCACAGGGACCCCCUCAUCUCUUGAAGUAGCAGACACCUCCGCUUUACACGCAGCAGCAACAACGAAACUUCUACAUCAGGUCUAUCAAGAAUAUGACAUCUUGAAUGGAUGGUACGAGCCGUUCAACUGUCAAUGGAACGCUGCUAUAACACUCGUUGGAUAUCUCUUGGCAUAUCCCCAAGAUAGCUCAGCUAGUUCAAUCGCCCGCACGGCUCUGUCGCAAAGUAUUACGGUCCUGGAAAAGAUGGGGGAGUUCUUUGGAACAGCUUCAAGCGCGGCUGGCGUGAUACGGACACUCUACCAGGGGCUGAACAUGCAGGUCGAAGCUCAUAUGGCGACAGACAGCAACACCGUCCCACUUGGCACAGUCCAAGAUAUCGACUUCAAUGACCUUGGGGCUUUGGACCUGUCGAUUGAGGGUAUACUGGGAACCUUUGGGACCGAAUCUGAAUUUGAGCGACUCGGGUUUGGCAUUGACAUGCAGGACUUUAUAGCUAAUGAUGCUGAGAACAUGGGUGCAAUGUAA